GUGACAGUUUGUUGUGUGUGAUCAUGUACUUGUGUGUAUGUGCGAAUAUCACAUGCGAAGUCAAAGGGUUUCAACCCGCGUUUGUUUUUAAAUGAAAACUAGCUAAUUACUGUGCGGAACUAUUAAUUAGAUCUAAAUGUAAAUAGAUCUAGAUCAUUAAUCUCAGCUUUGCUAUGAUGGAAGAAGGAAGCUUUGAUUACAAUUCAACUGACCCACCUUUUAAAGGUAGUGGAGCAGCGCAAACUGUGAAUCAUGUUCAUGUUGCGACCACAACAUUCACACAAAGUGGGGGAACUGAAGGCAGGACAACAGCUGAAACAGCAACAAUUUUGAUUGAAGAUCAGCCAGACGGCAGAAAGACUGAGAAAAUUACAUCUUCUAUGCGAUCUAGGAAAGACACAUUGAAAAACUCAACUGAUGCAGAGUUAGAUUUUGAGAAAAGCUGCAUUCUUCUCGCUGAAAACUCCAUUGAAGCAAACAGGAUAUCUAACAAUUAUAAGUUUGGUUUUAAAAAAUGGAAAGGGCAUGUGACGUCUAGACCGCUGGACAAGAGAUCUGAUAUUGUUCAAGAUCUGUAUUCUGACAUCAGUCAUCUGAAGGAUGUUAAAGUUUCUACAUGUCGACCUUUUAAUAUCCUCUAUGUCAUCUUAUUUGGAUGGUGGCUGGCGCUUAUUUACAUUGUAAUUGGUGUCUUGAUGGGGAUGACGAUUGUUGGAUUUUCCUAUACUAAGUUUUGCUGGCGGAUGGCUGGUUAUUUUUUAUGGCCUUUUGGAAAAUUCGUCUAUCAGGUGCAUUCUGUGAGAAAGUCGGAUUCAUUUAAUCAGAAGGAAAAUGGGAAUGUUGUGGGGAGAUCGAAUGGGAAGAUCUGGGGCGGUGACAGUGAUGAACGCAAACAUCUUGUGGAUGGGCCUCAAAAGUAUAUGGGCAAAGGGAAGUGUUGCUGGGGAUUCUGGAGUCGAGCAGCCUCUUAUGUUUGGCUUGUGUUGGGUAUUCCCGUUUUGUUGAUCAUCCACACCCUUGUUGCUGGCAUCUGUUGGUUUUUUGUUAUAUCAAUCCCCACUGCAAAGUUGAACAGCAAAGCUGUAACAAGGAUCUUGUACCUCCCACCAGAUGAAGUCAAAACAGCUUCUUCUGGCACUACUAAGAUUGAUAAUCCAGGCCAGAUUAGCGAGAUUAUCAUGUACUCCCACCAGAGUGUUAACCUUUACUACUACAAAUACACUGUCGAUGGUGUGAACAUCAUACUAGUCAAUUUACUGAUAUUUGUGAUUCUAUCAAUAAUCCUGGGGUAUGCUGUGGACAACUCAAUAAUCAGCGGAGUCACUAAAUGCAUUCUGGGUGUGCUAGCCAUUAUACCACUUACAUACUAUAUUGGCAUGGCCAUAACAAGUAUUUCAGCACAAAGCAGCUUUGCUGUUGGAGCUAUCCUCAAUGCAACUUUUGGCUCCAUGGUAGAGGUGAUUCUCUUUGUCAUCAUGCUCAACAAGGGGAGAGAAUCUGGCCAAGAGUGUUAUCAGGAGCUGGUUAAGUCUUCACUCACAGGAGCCAUCCUCUGCAGCAUUUUAUUUAUUCCUGGCAUGUCCAUGGUUAUUGGAGGGUUAAAGUUUACAACCCAAAGGUUCAACCCCAAGUCUGCAAGCAUUAGUGCGUCUCUGCUUUUUGUGGCCAUUCUUGGUGUGUUUGCUCCAACCAUCUUCUCCAAAGUGUUUGGCAGUCUCAGGUGUCUGGGCUGUGAGAAAAUCUACGACCAGUUUAUCAUAGAACCCCCAGACAACACCAUCCCGACUGCCAUGAACGACUCGGCAGGUUUUCUAUGCCAGCAGUGUGAGCAGUCCCUGAAAGGGUUACAUGGAGACAGGACAUUGUACACCAAACACAUUGAACCUCUGGUCUAUGCCAUCUCAAUCAUCCUACCCUUGGCUUACGUCAUUGGUCUGAUGUUCACCAUGAAGACACAUUCACAGUUUGUGUUUGAGGAGUUUGAGAAGGAACUCAAGGAGGACAUAGCUAGCAACAAUCUAGAUCACCAUGGAAGUGCCCAGUGGUCCAGACUUAAGAGCACCAUCAUCCUGUUGUUGUGUGCUGUUGCCAUAGCGUUAUGUGCAGACCUGAUCUCUGAGAACAUUCAGCCCUUGCUGGAGUCCACUGGCAUAUCAGAGUAUUUUAUCGGCGUUACAAUGUUGUCACUGGUGGCAGAGCUGCCUGAAGUAGUCAAUGGGGUACAGUUUGCUUUACAGAACAACGUCAACCUUGGAAUUGAGAUUGGUUGUUCAACCGCCAUACAAGUUUGUUUAGUGCAGAUUCCAGUCCUUGUUUUGAUCAACCUCAUCUACCCCAUGGGAUUCUAUGUGGUGUUUAAUGACAUCCAUUUGUGGGCUGUCAUCUUCUCUGUUGUCAUCAUCAACUACAUUUUUCAGGAUGGAAAGAGUGACUACUUCCAAGGUUCUAUUGUAGUGUUUAUCUACAUCCUCCUCAUGUGCAUGUACUUCUUCAUGUUGACGCCAGAACACGCCCUAUGCAUAUCUGAGAUAACUGGUUCCAGCAACUCUACUGCACCAACAAUCAGCCCUAAGCUACCUUAAUACCUGUAGUUACCUGUUUAUCUUGCUGCCUGUUGCCAUAUGACUUUAGAUUUAUUCCAUCAACAGCCGGUGCCUGUAUUGGUUAUAUAUUUAUGACUUUGAAUUAUGACUGAAUUUUGUAUGAUGUUAUCACUUCAAUAUUAUUUACAAAAGUCUAUUUUUUUAAUAUUUUUUUUUUUGUUUGGCUCUGUGGAAAAUGUGGAUUGUUUUUAUUCAUUUUUUUAUUGAAAAUUCAGAAAAAUUUAUUUGGAAAACAUUUUAAUUUUUUAUAAUUUUAAUAAUUUAAUAUUUAAUUUUUUUUUUUACCAUAGUUCAAAAUUUAAAUAUAAAUUAAAAUGUUCAAAUUUUUAACACAAUGUGUUUAAGUGCAAUGCACUAUCACAUUCCAGCACAUAAUACUGGCACAUAGUGAUUGUUGUUGUCUUAAUUAUGGUAUUAAAGCUAUUAAACUUUUUUUAAAGCAGUUUUUAAGAUUUUUAAAAUAUGUAACUAGUAAUUAACACUUUUUUAUGUUUAUAUUUUAAAUUUGUGAUAUUAACUAAUAAAGUUAAUGUUACAUUUUUUGUUGAUUGUAAGUUUAACUGUUUUCUGUUUAAUUUCUUAGCAGAAAAAGAAAUUAUUCCAACAAAUUUUAUUUUUAAAUCAUUUAAAAAUUAAUUAAGACCAUUGGAUGAUACUUUAUUGGCCAGUAUUCCGUGAAACAGUAUUCAACAUUUUUCCUUUAUACAGUUUAAGCAUUGGUGAAAACAUUUUUACAUUGUUUUUACCCUUCUACCUUGGACUAAACAAAAUUUUGGUGUAUUUUUAGUUUCUGUGAAACACAUCAACACCUGAAAGAUAUUAGAAAAUUGAUCUGAAGUUUGUACAUAACGAAUCAACUUUGCACAUGAUCACUGAUAGAUGACCGGCGCAUUAUCAUGCCAGUCUUAAAACUCUUGUAACCUCUUUACCUUACAAGGAACUAUACCAAAAGUCCUUUGGGGCAGUUGAAGCAGAGUUCAUCAAAAUAGAUAUUAUGUUUUUUAUAUGACUUUAUAUGCAAAUGUUUUGUACUUGAAAUGUAAUAUUUUAUUAAUUUU